CCCGCCUCCCAGGCGGUGGCGACAGCGACAGCAGCCACUACGAGUCGUACGGAGAGGAGGAAGAGGAGGAGGAGGAGGAAGGCGUGACGGACCGGGCCCAUUACCUGCGCUGGCCAGCGGCCCCCAGCGCCGAGGCCGAGCCCCCCGGGCGCCCGCAGCCGCAGCUCUGCGGCUUCCUCUGGAGGAAGCGCUGGCUCGGGCGGUGGGCGAAGCAGCUCUUCAUCGUCCGGGAGCACGUGCUGCUGUGCUUCAGGUGCGCCGCUGACCUGCAGCCGGUGCUGGAGCUGGACCUGCGCGGCUGCCGGGUCACCUACAAGGACAAGCGGGGCAAGAAGAUGCCCCACGCCCUGAAGGUGACGGGGACGGCGGGAGAGGCGCUGGUCAUCGGCUUCCAGAGCCGGCAGCAGGCUGAGGACUGGAGGAAGGUGAUCGAGGAGGUGAGCAGCGAUGCCCCGAGCGGGCUGGCAGCCCUCAGGGGCCCCGCGUCCCCUGCCCCCAGGCUCAGCAGGCUCGCCAAGGAGGACGAGGAGGAGGAGAACCGCUCCCGGCAGAGCCCUGCCCGCAGCCCGCGGCCCGGAGAGGACGCCAGAGGAGGGUUCCUGGCCGUGCGGCUGCGCGGGCGCUGGCAGCGCCUGUGGUGCGCGGUCCGGCACGGAGCCCUGCGCAUGUUCCCGGAGCCCGGCGCUGCCCAGCGCCCCGUGUGCGCCCUGCGCCUGGACGGCUGCGAGGUGACCCCCGGGGCGGCCCCCGGCUCGCCCCAAAACCUGCGGAUCCGCAUCGCCCAGCGCGGCCGGGAGCUCGCCCUGCUGCAGGAGCACCCCCUGAGCCCAGACCCUGCCCCACACCAGGCCCGUUCGGACGAGGAAAGGGAAGCCUGGCUGAAGACCCUGCAGGCCAGGGGAGGAGUGGAGCCGAAGAAGGCGGACGGGCCCCCCCCGAGACCCCCCCGGCCGAGCAGCCGCCCCGCUGCCGGGGGGCUGCUGCUGCGCCGCGUCCCCACCCCCAACGCGUACAUGGACGAUCCCUUCGGGCAGCCCCCGGCUGGGAGCCCCAAACACCUCUACUCCAACGCGGAGCGGCUGCAGCAGCUGCAGCAGAGCCUGGACCGGGCAGCGCCGGGGCAGCGGCCGAGAGCCGUGUCUGCCCUGCCCUGCGGUGCCAGCAGCCCCGCCCCGGGCCGUGCCCGGCCCGCGCAGGCAGCCCCAGCCGCUCUCCGGGCCCGGCCUGCCAGCGCGCAGCUGCCGAAGGACAGCCCGAGCCCGCAGAGCAGGGGCUCCUCCCUCGCCCAGCACACGCUGCCCCUGCCCCAGAGCCUGCCCCCGAGCAGGGGCCCACGGGAAGGGCGGGAUGUGCUCGUCGGGAAAAGAGCCUUUCCCAGGCUGGAGGAGAAGGUGGGGCAGCUGGAGCGGGGCGUGAAGGGCAGGCUGAAGGCCGGCUCCGAGAUGAACCUGCUGGCGCUCGGGAAGUCGCUGAAGGGGCACAUCGCCGCCACCGCCAGCUCGGCUGGCUCCGAGGGAUCAUUCCUCAGGCCACUGCUGAAGCGCACCACCUCGGCCAGGAGCGCCAUGAGGCCGCCGCCGUCCCCGGUCGUGGCGGGGAAGGGAAAUGUGAUGAGGAAGACAAAGGAGUGGGAGAUGAAGUCUGCGAUGUGAGCACGGAGCGGGAGCCUCCCGGAGACCAUCGGGCCGCACGUGGAUCGUGCGGGACCAGCCUGGGAUCAGCCUGGAAUUUGAAUGUAUCCGUCACUAUCAGCGCUACAACUACGCACAUCUAUUUUUGUAUCCAGAUAUAUCGACACACACCUAUCAGCUCUCCACCCGGGGGCUUCCCUGCCGCGUCCCCACCCGUCCCAGCGCCUCGGUUUUGGGGUAAAAAUCCCCGGGUACAACUUCAGGAGCUGCUGGCUCUGUCCCCAGUGUGGGCACCCCGAAUUUCCAGGGGUGGGUGUGGGCAAACCCUGGGGGGCACGGGUUUGGGAGCACCCGAUUGUCCAUUCCCUGGAGUCAGCGGGACCCGGGCUGGGCCCUGGGUGCAUUUCCAGCAGCUGUGCUUGUCAGGGCUUGGGUUUAAUUGGAGAAAAUUGUUUUUUAGAGAAUUAAAGAAAAAAU